GAGCAGUAAUGUUAUUUAGGCAAAAUUUGAAAUUGUGAAUGGUAUCCCUAUAUCCGUUUCCGGCAGCCAUUAUCGAGUUGUUCGUUCGCCGGGGCUGUGGUGUCUGUCGAGCGUAUGACAAAAAAUAAUUUUCUUCAAAUUCUCUCCUAAGUGAGAGAUACUAACUCAAGCGUCUCGCUCUACAUAUUUCAACCAAAUCCCGUCACCAUGCAGUACAACGGCGGGUUUCAUAAUCAACACCCAAUUUUCAGGCCCAGACCCGAUCGGAAUGAACAAUUCGGUAAAAUUCCUUACUUCAAUGGGAUGCCAGACUUUGGGGGACCGAAAAACUUUGGCCCUAGAAAUAAUUACAUGGGCAACAACAGAAACAACAACUUCCGCCCCAGAAAUGAUUUCAAUGGUGUAAAAGAUUUCUCUCAAAACAAUGAAAAUGCUGGCCAGAAUGACUUUGGAGGACCUAAAGAGUACAGACCCAGAAACAACUACAAUAAUCCUGGUCAGAAGAAAGAAUAUGAUGGUGAAAAAUCUGGAGGAAUGCAAUAUUUCAAUGCCAAAGGCGAUUUCGGUGGUCCCAAACAAUAUGAUGGCAAGCCCGGAAACUUCCAAAGAAACAACUACAACAAUGGCCCUAAGAACUACAACAACCAAAAUGGGAAUCAACAAAACUUUGGACAGAAGAAAAUUUUCACCAAUAAUAAUCAGCAACCUGGUGAUUUUGGACGUAAAAUGCAAAGCAUGAAGGCCAAACACCCAGGUGAUAGCCUAGUUAAACCCACAUGGGAUCUUUCUAACCUUGAGCCAAUUCAGAAAGACUUCUACAAACCUCAUGCUAGUGUUGACAGCCGAUCGGAGGAAGAUGUACAAAGAUUCCUUGCUGCCAAGGAAAUCACUGUGGAGGGUAACAAUGUACCCCGACCCAGUCAACUGUUUGAAGAGGGCAACUUCCCAGAACAUGUGAUGACAACUAUCAAGGAGCAGGGAUGGACAGAACCUACUGGUAUCCAGGCACAAGGAUGGCCUAUUGCUCUGUCUGGACGGGACAUGGUGGGCAUUGCAUCCACUGGAUCUGGCAAAACAUUAGCCUACAUGCUGCCAGCAGCCGUGCACAUUACCAAUCAGCCAAGACUAAACCGUGGUGAUGGCCCCAUUGCCCUUGUUCUGGCACCUACAAGAGAGUUGGCCCAGCAAAUCCAGUCUGUGGCUCAAUUGUACAGUGCUCGAGGUUGUAUCCGAAACACCUGCCUGUUUGGUGGAUCUCCCAAAGGGCCACAAGCUAGAGAUUUGGAACGAGGAGUUGAAAUUGUUAUUGCAACCCCUGGACGAUUGAUUGACUUUUUGGAAAAGGGAACAACAAACUUACGCAGAUGCACCUAUUUGGUUUUGGAUGAGGCUGAUAGGAUGUUGGACAUGGGAUUCGAGCCCCAGAUUCGCAAGGUCAUUGAACAGAUUCGACCGGACCGACAAGUUCUCAUGUGGUCUGCUACAUGGCCAAAGGAAAUUCAAGCAUUGGCUGAGGACUUUUUGACAGACUACAUUAAAGUCAACAUUGGGUCAUUGAAUCUAUCUGCUAACAACAACAUCAAACAAAUCAUUGAAGUCUGUGAAGAGCAUGAAAAAGAAAGCAAACUGUCGGGUCUAUUGAAAGAGAUAGCUUCUGAGCGUGACAACAAAGUUAUUGUAUUCGUCGAAACUAAGAAAAAGGUUGACGAUAUCGCUCGGGCAGUGCGUCGUGCGGGUUACAAAGCGCUGGCUAUUCACGGAGACAAGUCCCAGCCGGAGCGUGACGCGGUACUCACCGAGUUCAGGAACGGCGCCACCACCAUUCUGAUCGCCACCGACGUGGCUGCCCGUGGUCUUGAUGUAGAAGAUGUCAAAUUCGUCGUCAACUUCGACUACCCCAACUCAUCCGAGGACUACAUCCACAGGAUUGGUCGUACUGGACGUUGUCAACAGUCGGGAACAGCGUACACUUACUUCACGAGCGGCGAUGCGCGUCAAGCGCGCGCGCUGGUGGGCGUGCUCCGCGAAACCGGACAGAACCCCCCAACCAAGCUCAGCGACAUGGCCAGAACCAACAACGGCAACUCAGGGCGUAACCGUUGGCAACAACGCAAGGACAACAGUGGCUCAAGCUCUCCGCGCCAACAGAACUCCAACAACCAAUGGAACAACAAAAUGGCUAAUUUGUCUGAAGAUGGCCAGAACAACUACCAAAACCGUAACGCCAACCAGCAGGCUCCGCCGCGCUUCAACAACCAAGGCCAUCAGGGUGGCUACAGGCAAAACAACUACCAGAAGCAAGUUCCUUUCCCGAGUCCAACUAUGUUUGAGUCCAUGAGCAACUACCAAGGUGGCUACAAUGGUGGCUACCAAAACGGAUACAACAACCAGAAUGGUUACACUCAGCGUCCUUACAACACUGACACCCGCAACAACGGUCAGCAAUAUCAACGUGGUAACGGCAACAACAAGUCUGGCGGAUCCUCGGGCUCAUCAUUCGGAUCUCCACCACCGCACUUCGCUGCUGCCCAGCACUACCAACCCAUGCAUCCCCAGGACAUGCUUGGCGGCAAAUUCUACGGCGGCGGAGUGGGCGGAGGCGGCCCCUGCGGAUACCAGGCGGCGGUGGGCGCGGGCGUGCCCUACCCCCACCUGCCCCCCGGCUCCCUGGUGUACGCCGCUCCAGUGCAGCAGUAACUCAGCACCGUACAUCCCAACCAACUUACUGGGCACUGCGAAUCUAAAAGUAACUAUUAAUUAACAUUUAUGUGUUUUUGCCGUACUUUCUAUAUUAUAGUGGUCAAUUUAACAUACCAGUAACACUUUUCUUACUCAAAAUUCUAUGAAAGUAAUUUAAGUUUUUUUUUUAGUUAUUGUGGUAUACGGGAAUUACAUUUUAUAUGGUCCACUUCCAUUAAUAAGUGAGAUUUUGUAACUAUUUGGAUCACGAUCUGAAUCAUUAACAUUUCAUGAUGAUUGGAUAUAUCAAGAUAGAAGUUAAUUACGAAAUUUUAUUUAUAUAACAUCCUACCUAUUUGCACACCUCAAAAUUGAUAUAUUGUGUGAACUCUUACAGAUUAUAUUAAAAUGUGUGUUAGUUUAUAAAAUAAGGUAUUUGGUGGCACAUAAUGGAAAGGCAUGUGUCCACCAGUAGAUUUUAAUCAUUAUAUUUGUUAGUGUAGUCGGUGUGGGUACCCUCAUGUAUAAUCUGGGGUGCCUUUCGUUUUUUUUUUCUUUCAUGUCUGUAUGAUGUACGAAAUGCACGAAACAUAAAGAAGAUGAGUGAAAUUAUAGGGAAUGUUAAAGUGGCAGGAAGAUCCCUGUAGUAUUUUUUAUAACUUAUUUUUGUUAUUGAACUUAUCCAGUGGAAUAAAUGGGACAAUUAGUAUUAGAGAAUUUUAUCUUAUAAACGUGUUGAAUUUAAAUAUGCUUUUUGAGCUAACUAAUCUGUAUUGCCAAAUAAAAUUAUGAAUAUUUUUCUUACGAAAUGUAAUGUCAAUGACAUUUGCAGUCACUUAAUUUCAAUAUUUUAAUUUUUCAUAAGAGUUAGAAUUAGGGUUUGCCUAAAAUCUUAGAAUUGCGACCAACUUGAGUCAAUUUCAGUUUUAGUUAGGUGGAUAAAAAAUUCAGGUCUUUUCAUUACAAAAUAAUACAUGCAUUUAACUUAGAAUGGUACAUAAACAGUAUACAUUUUUUGUUCCUUAGCAAAAUAAGUGAUUCCACUUUUUUUAGUUUUUAUAAUGUGAUUUCAGAUAAUUCGUCUAGUAUCAUGCUGGCGUUUCUUUGAACGUAAACGGGUUGUAAGGUCUAAUUAUAGGAUAGUCAGUACAAAUUUUGCUGAAUCAGAGAUGUAUAACAUGCCCGUUACUGUCCAAAGAUUUGGAAUAAUCUGUGAUAUUUCAUUACUAUACCUGUCGUUGCGUUGGUCAAUUGUUAAUUCAUAAGAACACUUCCUAACUCAUGGGACGUGUUUUACUAGACAAGAAUAUAUUUUUGACUAUAAUGAAGGAAGUCACAACUGUGGCUACUAAUUACACAAGUCAUCCACAGAAAUAUAAUAUAUUAAUAUAAUAGUUAUAAGAUUUAAUAAUUUAUUGUUAUUCAAUUUAGUUCUCAUUUUACCAUUAGGUGACGAAAUUGAACCAGUAAACUAAAGGGACGUAAACGUUAUUAUUACUUGAAUUCCGUUCUGUAAAUGCAUCUUGAAAGAUAUAAUGAUGUAGCAACGGCAACGGGCUCAACUGAAGAGGGGUGACCAACGUGUCUUGUGAGUCUCACAACUUAGUAACUAUCAUACGUGAGAUUUACAUUUUAAAAUGUACAUUAUAAGAGAAAAACUGCAAUGUAGGGAUGUGUAUAUGUUCAUUAUCGUCUCAAAGAUGGUACCCUAAGACUAGCCUGCCCUGUUAUAAUAGGCGUUAUUUUUAUACGUAUAUAUUUAUUUUUAUUUGAUAUUUUCGCAAAGAUCGAAAUAACGCUUAUGAUUUCCAAGGUAGUGAUUGAGUAGGACGUGAUAGAGUGCGGUCAGGCUAGUGGUAGUUGCGUUAUGCUAGAUCGACGCGUGUCGUGACGCAAGGAGUACGGUCGCGGUUUGCAGGAGAUCCUGUGUCAAUAUGUACAAAGUACUGCACCCACCUCUACUAAAACAACUGUGAUAAUAACACUAAGUAGCUUAGCAGGCGAUUAAAUACUAGUUGCGUCCAGAAAAGGGAUGACAUCAUAUCUGACAUAUUGUAUUGUGAUAUGUAUAUCAAAUCUUGGGGCUCGGUGCCACACGCUUUGAUUAAAGUUUUCUCAAAACAAGACUGAUUAUUUCUUAUUGAUAAAUAUUUUAUACAUGUUCAAUUUUGACUGAAUGAAUUAAGACGCCUGUAUUUCUAUUGGUAGAUUCUCUCGUGUCUCUUGUGUUUUCUUCAAGUUAUUCACUAUGUUGGAUAUGAGUCAAUAACACCUUUCUAGCGGUCAUCUAUAAUAUGAAGGAUGUUCAAAAAGUAUUUUGAAGCACUAAUUUCGUCUUUGUUUCUCGUGAUGGAAAAUGUUGUUGACAAAUUGUGUGGCAGCGACAGAUAAAAAGCUGGUUUGAAUAAUAUAUUUAGUUGUUAUUGAUUUACAAAAAUUUAUUUAUCUAAUAGGCAUAGUACUUCAUUAAAGUGCUUAUUAUUCUACAAAUUAUUUUUCAAAAUUGAGAGAUUUGUGAAAAAUAUACAUAGAUUUUUUAAGUAUGUGGCAAUGCAGAUCGUAAUAAAAUAACCGACUUAUCACUUCGGUCGACAUAGCUUGUAUUAUGUAAAUUUAUAUAAAAAUGUGGAGAGAGGCUCCUUAUACAGUCCCAAAGGGAAGUCUUCUAAAUGUUUCUGAGAAGUGCAUUUCUUCUAUGUAAUACAGUAUUAAAUUCUGAUUAAUAAAUGAAUGUAUAAUUAUUA